AUGCCGCCUCCGCCUCGACGGAACUCGCAAAGACCGACGAGAGACGUAAUCAUUGAGGAUUUACAAAGGGAAAUCCAGCAGCUGCAGCAACGACUAGCAAGAUUUGAACAUCAAGAAACAGAGGAUGUUCAAGAAGAGGAAGAGGAGGUUAACCCGUUUCAUCAAGACCUUCACAGUGAAGAUGAGGACAGACGACCUGUGCUAGGACGUGCGAGACGUCCGCGUGAUGACAGUGGGGUUAAGGUGGAGUUACCCGAAUUCGAUGGUAGAUUGGAUCCGGAUGAGUUUGUGAAUUGGCUGCACACUGUAGACCGAAUCAUUGAUUUUAAAGAAAUUCCUUCAGAGAGAGUUGUCAAGCUUGUCGCCAUCAAAUUAAAGAAGAAUGCUUCCCUAUGGUGGGAAAAUUUGAAACGAAAUCGAGACCGGGAGGGAAAAAGCAAGAUUGUGACAUGGAUAAAGAUGAAGAAAGAACUUAAGCGGAAGUAUCUGCCGGAAAGAUAUCGUCAGGAGUUGUUCUUGAAACUCCACCGCUUACAACAAAAUCAGCUCACUGUUGAAGAAUAUAUUGCGGAAUUCGAACAAUUGUCCCUCCAAUGUGAGCUAGCUGAACCAGAGGAAAAUAGUAUUGCCCUGUUCUUGGAAGGAUUACAACCGUCGAUUGCCAAUGUGGUUCAAUUGCAACCAUAUUGGACGCUACAAGAUGUGUUUGAUUUGUCUUUUAAGGUGGAAAAACAACAGCGACCCAACAGGUGGAUUCGUGGUAAAACCCCUGCUCAGGAGGAAGGAUCUGAUCGAAGCCAAGUCAAGAAAGUUGAGGGAAGGACUACCGGGGUGAAUCCUUUGAACAAAGAGACUACUCCGUCUGCUAAUGGAGCAUUGAAAAUGCCUGGAACCACAGGGUUACCUCCAAGAAAGUGCUUCAAGUGCCAAGGAUUUGGCCACAUUGCCUCUGGAUGUCCGAACCGAAGGAUUGUUACAAUAAUUGAAGAAGCUGAUACUGAGCAAGAUAUGAUAGAUCACGAGUCGGAGAACAAUAUGGUGACGGAGACCACUGUGAUUCCCGCAGAUGAAGGGAGUUUACUUGUUCUCAGGAGACUACUUAAUUCCCAUAAGGAAGAUUCAUGUCAGCGCCAUAGUAUUUUUCAAACACGGUGCACAGUUGGCGGGAAAGUUUGUCAAAUGAUCAUUGAUAGUGGAAGUUGUGAAAACGUGGUGUCUACGACCAUGGUCAACAAGCUUGAGUUGCCCACAGUCGACCACCCUAAACGUUACGCAUUGUCAUGGAUAAAAAAAGAAAAUGAAGUUCGGGUAUCGAAGCGUUGUCUCGUAAAUUUCUCCAUCGGCAAUUAUGCGGAGCAAGUGUGGUGUGAUGUAGUUCCCAUGGAUUCUUUCCAUCUUCUGUUAGGCCGUCCAUGGCAAUUUGACAAGAAUACUGUUCAUGACGGGGAAGCAAAUACAUAUUCGUUUAAGCAUCAAAAUCAACGGAUUAUAUUGGUACCACUACAGGAGACUCCAGCAGUAAAAGCCAGUCCGCAACUGUUAACUCGAUCAUUGUUUUUGAAGGCUUUCAGGGAAGCUGCAAUUGGGUUUGCAUUGGUGAUCUUAGCCACCAAUGAAGCUCAGACCAAUGAGGCUACAGUAGUUCGAGAUAUCCUGGAAGAGUAUCCUGAUGUCCUGUCCAGUGUUCUACCAUCCAGGUUACCUCCGGAAAGACAAAUUCAGCAUGCUGUGGAGUUUGUUCCUGGUUCUGUCAUUCCCAAUCGCCCUGCUUACCGACUACGGCCCGAAGAACAAGCUGAGCUCAAGCGACAGGUAGAAGAAUUACUGAACAAAGGAUUUAUAAGGCAUAGUGUCAGCCCCUGCGCUGUACCCGCCUUAUUGGUUCCAAAACGGGAUGGAUCCUAUAGAAUAUGCAUAGACAGCCGAGCUGUCAAUAAAAUUACAGUUAAAUAUAGAUUUCCUAUCCCUCGCAUAGAUGAUAUCUUCGAUCAGCUACAAGGUGCUACCGUUUUCUCCAAACUGGAUCUGCGCAGUGGAUACCACCAAAUACGCAUGAGGCCUGGUGACGAGUGGAAAACUGCGUUCAAAACACAUGACGGGUUGUACGAGUGUGCUGAUCUCCAAGAGCAUCGCGUCCAUCUUCGACGUGUUCUCGAGCUCUUCUUGGAGCAACAGCUGUUCAUUAAUCUUGAGAAAUGUCAAUUUGCUGCUCCUCAGAUUACAUUCCUAGGCUAUCAACUAUCUGCUGAAGGGCUGAAGGUUGAUCUUGCUAAGGUUGAGGCCGUCCGCAGCUGGCCCGUUCCCCAGUCUUUUACGGACAUUCGCCGUUUUCAUGGUCUAGCAUCUUUCUACAGGAGAUUCAUCAAGGAUUUCAGUACAAUUGCGGCCCCGAUGACGAAAAUUCUCUGA